AAGAGGUGAGCAGGUGUUAGGGCAUUACAUUUGUCUUCAGUCAUGUCAUGUUAUCAUCAAAUAGUGUAUUAAUAUUGCUGAAAGUGAAUAUUUAAGGACUAUAAUGGACUACCAACACAUCUUUUUCAUUUUUACUUGCAGUUUAGUUUCUGCACGGGAUGUGAAAUAUGUACUGAAGGGUCAGGAGAUAACCUUGGGACCUUCAAGUUAUCGACAGCCAACUGAAAUAUACUGGACACAUCAUGUCUACGACAUUGUAUCUUUUGAUGGCACCAUGGAGACUGUGGCCCCUGCAUAUGAGAACAAAAUCCUUCUGGACAGGAACUCUGCAGUACUCACCAUCAAACAGGCCACUUAUGAAGACAGUGGAAACUAUGACCAGGAAGUCACAGUCAACAAGAAGGUCUAUCACAAUGCGUAUAAAAUUGAGGUUAUAGACAAAGUAUCCAAACCGAACAUAAGUUGUGUGAUGAUUGACACAUACCAGGCGACGCUCAUGUGCUCAACAGAGUCCAAACUUUCUCCUUUAUUAAAGUUUAAGUGGAGAUCAGGUGGAAAUGAGCAAACUGGACCAAUUUUAACAAUAACUCUCAGGAAGUUUCUUAAUCAUCAAGUUUAUAUUUGUGAGGUCAGCAACCCUCUGACCGUUGAAAUGGCUACAUUCACUGCUAAGGACUGCUUAUCUGGCAAAUUAACUGUUGCUGAAAUUGUUGUCAUCAUGACUUCCAUAGUUGUGUUUAUUGGGCUCUGCAUCUUUUUGGGAUUCUACAUAAAACGUCAAGAACGCCGUAAAAGAGUAGGUAAGAUCUGGUUGUAG